ACACCGCGCUGUCAAAAGCAGGAAGUUAAUAAUGUAAAGUAUAAUGCGAGCGGUAUCUCCUGUUACUGAUAUUUUUUUUAAUGCUUUUUAUUUUUAAUUACACACUCCAUAAUAUUGAGAACCCGAACGUGCUGUGUGUAUGCUUUGUAAGGCACACGGCAUGCUAACCAAACUGUCACUUGAGCAAAGGAAGUCCAGACACAAGUUGCACUAAUGCUCAUGAUAAGUCCCAAAAUGGCCUCAGGAAUGCAGGAAAAACAGUAUACACCAUCUCUGCUCAGUUUUUUUAUUUAUAACCCUACAUUUGGACCACGGGAAGGAGAGGAAGAGAAGAAAAUUUUGUUUUACCACCCAAGUGAUGUUGAGAAAAAUGAGAAGAUCCGAAAUGUGGGACUUUGUGAGGCUAUUGUACAGUUCACCAGGACAUUCUGCCCAACAAAACCAGCUAAAUCCCUGCACACACAGAAAAACCGUCAGUUUUUCUUUGAGCCCGAGGAGAAUUUCUGGAUAGUCAUGGUGGUUCGAAACCCAAUGAUCGAGAAGCCAAAUAAAGACGGUAAACCUCCCACAAUAGAGUAUCAAGAAGAGGAAAUACUUGAUACUGUCUAUGGUGCAGUGGUAAGGCAAUGCUACAGUAUGUACAAGCUCUUCAAUGGCACAUUUGGUAGAGCAAUGGAAACCGGAGGAGUGGAGCUGCUUAUCCAGAAGCUUGAAAAAUUCUUUUACAGGUAUCUGCAGACUCUCCAUUUGCAGUCCUGCGACCUGCUGGAUGUGUUUGGUGGCAUCAGCUUCUUCCCCCUGGACAAGAUGACCUACCUGAAGAUCCAGUCUUUUGUUAACAGAGUGGAGGAGAGCCUGAGCCUGAUCAAAUACACAGCUUUCCUCUACAACGAUCAGCUUAUCUGGAGCGGGCUGGAACAAGAUGAUAUGCGGAUCCUGUAUAAAUAUCUGACCACCUCGCUGUUUCCCAGGCACUCUGAACCAGAGUUGGCUGGCAGGGACUCUCCUCUGAGGCCAGAAGUUGCAGGAAAUCUGUUGCACUAUGGAAGGUUUCUAACAGGACCUAGUAAUCUUAAAGAUCCAGAGGCCAAAUUCCGAUUUCCAAAAAUUUUUGUCACAGCAGAAGAUGGCUAUGAGGAGCUGCAUCUGAUUGUUUACAAGGCGAUGAGCGCUGCAGCUUGUUUCAUGAUCAGUGCCUCUGUGGAGCUGACGAGGGAGUUUUGUGAGCAACUGGAUGGCUUGGUGGGCCCUCAGCUGACUCUGUUGGCGUCAGAUAUAUGUGAACAGUUCACCAUUAACCGCAGGAUAUCUGGACCAGAGAAGGAGCCCCAGUUUAAGUUCAUCUACUUUAACCACAUGAACCUGGCAGAGAAGAGCACCAUCCAUAUGAGGAAGACUGCAAGUGUCUGUCUUACCUCUGUCCAUCCUGACCUCAUGAAGAUCCUGGGAGACAUCAACUGUGACUUUGCCAGGGUUGAUGAAGAUGAGGAAAUCAUCGUAAAAGCUAUGACAGACUACUGGGUAGUCGGCAAGAAGUCAGACCAGAGAGAGCUGUACGUGAUCUUGAAUCAAAAGAACGCCAAUCUGAUCGAAGUUAAUGAGGAAGUUAAGAGACUUUGUGCAACGCAGUUCAACAACAUAUUCUUCUUGGACUGAGCUGACAGAUGAAUGCUGUUUGAUCACACCAAAAACUGUCAGCAUUGCAGAGAAUCAGUGACAGCAUCAGCGUAAUGCAAUAAUUGCAUUGUAAAACAAUAAUAAUGACAUUUUCUCACCUUUUUUUUUUUUAUUUAAUCUACAAAAAUUGUAAUUUUCUCUUGUAAUUAAUUGUAAAAAUCCAGAUUUUGACUGUACAUGAACUAUUUCAUUUUCUUUGUACAUACUUGUAGGGUUUUGUUAACUGCUUAUAUGUUGCCUCAACAUUACCUUUGUCUUUUUUUUAAGAACCACAUCAUGACAGUGUGCUGGAUUAAUUUAAAAACUGACAUGCACCAAGCAGUUUAUUCUAGUUUAAUUUGAUGAACAGUGAUAUAGUUUUAAGAUGAUAUCAUAUCAAAAAGUAUUGUGGUUUGUAAACGACUGCACUAACUUUAAAUAAAUUAAGAAGCAAUUUUC